AUGGGUCUGCCCUCUGAGGAAAAGCAAAACCUCAUCAUAGUUUCCAACCGUCUACCACUGUCGGUGAAGCGCGUGGAUGGUGUCUUCCAGUCUUCAAUUUCCAGUGGCGGUCUGGUCACAUCUCUCGCUGGAUUGACCAAGUCCACCAAGUUCCAAUGGUUUGGCUGGCCGGGUAUCGAGGUGAGGGACCCCGGAGACAGGGAGGAAGUCUCAGAGAGUCUGGCAGUCCAUAAUGCCAUCCCUAUAUUUCUUGAUAGUACUCUGGCACACGAACACUAUAAUGGAUUCUCAAACCGAAUCCUUUGGCCCAUUCUUCAUUAUCAGUCGGGAGUGACUUUUGACGAUAUCCCAUGGCAAGCCUAUAAGCGAGUAAACGAGCUCUUCGCCGAUGCUAUCGUGGAGACCGCAGCGAACGGGACAUUGAUCUGGGUCCACGAUUAUCACCUCAUGUUGUUGCCCGAGAUUCUCCGAAACAGACUGAAAGAGCGAGGAAAGUCUUGUGCCAUUGGGUUCUCUCUCCACACACCGUUCCCCGCAGGAGACUUUUGGAGAAAUCUGCCUGUUCGCAAACAUUUGAUCGAAGGUUUGUUGUCGAGCGAUUUGAUUGGCUUCCACACCGACGAGUAUAAACAGAACUUUAUCGAUACCUGUGCCAGUCUUCUUGAUGCACGCACCGAGAUCCCAAACCAAAUUCAGUACAAGAACCGCCUCGUUUGCACGAACAAGUUCAUUGUCGGUAUUGAUCCGCAGAAAUUCACCGAGACCUUGGAGAUGCCGAAGGUUCAAGAUCGCAUCCGAACCCUGAAACAACGUUAUGAGGGCGUCAAGGUGAUUGUAGGCGUCGAUAGGCUGGACCAUAUCAAAGGUCUAACGCAAAAGCUCAGUGGCUUCGAUGCAUUUCUCGACGACCACCCCGAAUUGCAGAACAAGGUUGUUCUCAUCCAAGUCGCAGUGCCCAGCCGAGAGGAUGUCAAAGAAUAUCAAGAUCUCGAGCGCGAUCUCUGCACAAUGGCUGGAAAAAUCAACGGCAAGCAUGCCACCCCUGAGGGUACACCAUUGCUGUACAUGCAUCGGUCUGUCCCAUUCGAGGAGCUGACAGCCUUGUAUUCGGUGGCCGAUGUGUGCCUCCUCACAUCCACUCGCGAUGGUAUGAAUCUCGUGGCAUUCGAAUACGUGGCCUGUCAACGUGAACGUCAUGGCGUCCUUGUGCUGUCUGAAUUUGCCGGAGCUUCUUCUUUUAUGUCGAACGGUAGUAUCUCGUUUCAUCCGGCUAACAAGACCGAAAUGUCCGAGGCAAUCUUCAAGGCCAUCAGUCUCGAUGCGUCGGAGCGAAAGUCGAAGUAUGAGUAUCUCCGUGAUUUCGUCAACCAUAACACAAGCGCGAAAUGGGGCCAAGAUUUCACCGAGAAGCUAUCCCAACGCUGCAAGCGCCCAGACAAGCCAUGUUAA